AUGACCAACCCGACCAUGGACAGGGACACUUUCGCCCUGCAGGAGCUAAAACGGCUCCGGGAUGAGAUCAAGCUGUGGGAGAACAGGCUGCUGGCCAGCCAGGCGGAGGUCCAGACCCUCAAGUCCGACCUCGCCCGCCGGUCCCAGGCCCUGGCCCAGGCCGAAGACACCAUCGUGGCGAGGACCAACAAGAUCCUGAGUCUGGAAGCUGAGGUCAAGUCUGCCACGACAGCUGCCAGCCUAGCAGCCGCCGACCUGGCAGCCGCCCGCAGCGAGGUGCGAGCUGCCAAUGCAGAGGCCGACCGCAUCAGCGCGCAGCUGGUGGCGAGGAGCGGCAGCGCACAGACCGUCUUGGAGGGCGCCAACGACGGCAACCACAAGCUGCAGAGCGCACUGGACGCCGCCCGCGCCGAGGUCAAGGAGCUCAAGGCCUCCCAGUCCACGAUGAUGGCGGCCCUGAUGGCGCGAGACAGGAAGCUGGCCCAGCAGUCGGAGGAGCUGUCCAGCAUGGAGGGCCUGCACCUCCGCGUGCGCCAGCUGGAGAACGAGAGGGUGGUCCUCAAGCGCGAUGGCAGGGCGGCGGAGGACGAGGUGGCGGCCCUACAGAAGCAGCUGAACCUGCAGGAGGCGGGUGUGGCCGAGUCCAAGGCGGAGGCGGCGAGGCAUCGCAGCGAGGCGCUGCAGCGCACAGAGUACCUGCGAACCGUGCAGCUGGAGCUGGAGGUGCGAGGGUUUGUUUUUUCUGCGGGAGACUCCGUGAUUUCAAACACGGCAUCGGCCGCUGUGUGCUGUGUCGUCCAUCGCUCCGUAACUCCUAGAAUCUGCUCGCCGGGCUGCCAACCACCCUCCCUCCCACCCCCUUCACAGACGACCAGAGAGACCCUGCGCGCCACCCAGGCCCGCCUGCUGGAGGCGGAGGGGGGCAGGCAGUCCUCCCCUCGCAAGUCCGUCGUGCUUUCCUCACGCUCGACCCCGGCCCCAGGUAUUGUGGGCGCCGGCGGCGACCCGGGCGUCCCUCGGGCCGUGCACGAGGCAGCGCUGGCGGCGCAGCGUUCCGAGGUGGCGGCCCUCCAGGCCCGGCUGGCGGAGGCGGAGUGGGCGGCGCGGCGGCGCGAUACCGCCGCCGCGGCCCCACCAGUGGCAUCAUCGCCGCCUCCGGCCGCCGCGUCGCCGACCCCAGCCGCCGCAGGCCCCGGCGAGGCCGCGCUCUCCGCGCGCCAGGCGCUGCUCCAAGCGCAGGGCGCAUUGAAAGAGGGCCUGGGCAGCCUGGCCGCCGCCUCGCCCCGCCCCAGCCCCGGGCGCAUCAGCAUGGUGGCCAGCAUGGCGGGGUUCGGCCCCGACCCGCCGUCCGGCCCUGCCACCGCCCGCGCGGUCCCCGCGAUGGAUGCCGCCUCCCCGGUGCUUCGUGCCGCCGAGCAGAGUCUGCGCAAGGCGCUGGGCGGCGUGGAGCGGGCGCUGGCGGUGCCCCGGCUGGACCUGGGUGCCGUGGAUGGGGACCCGGCCAGUCCUCAGCUGGCGGAUAAGAAGACCAAGGAGCGGGCUCUUUUGGGCCGCUUUGGUCUUGGGAGGAGGUGA